AUGAAGUAGAAAGAUUCAUUGUUUUACAGUUUCAGAAUACAGAAUCAUCCAAAGAGUAUACUAAAUUUGUGCUUGAAAUUGAAUUAGAUUCUGAACUUUUAAAUAGCGUCAAACUUGAUCAAGAUUUUGAGACUAAUCUACUAAACUUGAGAAAAAUAAAAAAUA